UGUCGGGUUACUGUUACCUCUCUUCUUAUGCAUAUUACUUAUUCGCAUCUCUUUCUUAAAUGCGAGGCGUUUUGCCAAAUGCCAAACAAAUCCCGUUCUUACAAAGAGUUCACGGCAGCCAAGCCAGCUACAAGCAUUUCAUUUCGUUUGCACUAUUCUGAUCCGGUCUCAAUUUCCUAAUCUUGAAAUGAAGGUCGUCUUAGACGUCGUCGUAGUGUGAAGAAUUUAAAAAUUUCCGGAAAUCUUUUUAAAAAAUCUGGGCAAAAAUAAGAGUAAAAGUACAAAAGCCAAAAAAUGUGUGUAGAAUUUUGUUGGUGUUUAUGCAUUCAUAAAGUCUCAUUUCGAGGAGCUUGCUAUUUCUUUGCCAGUAUUCAUAGCUAUGAUGGGGUCCGCCGCUUAUUAAACUUGGUCAUGACGAACGUCCUCCUCAGAACGUAUUUCAUGGACAGUAGAAAAACGGAUUUGGAAAUCACGGUUUCCGAAGACAGCAUUGACCUUCUCGCCAAAUCCAUGUACUAUUUGGCCACCACGGUCACUGCGCUACUAAUAUUCAGAGCAGUAGAAAAGGAAUGGCGUCAAUUAAUGCAGUGGACGGGCGUUAUAUUUUUGACGAUAGAAGUGGUCGCCCUCGCCAUGUAUUUCGUCCUCCAUCCCAACUCGUACAACUCGGCGAAUUGCAUCGCCACCCUGUCCGCUCGGGUCGUCUUUGUCUUCUUCUACGUCAUUUCAAUGGUCCUCUACAUCCGCCAACUCUCCCGUGAAGAGGCUGAAUCCGAAUGGAAGUUUCAACAAUCCGAGUGGGAACCUCGCUUCCUAGGAUUGGGGUCCUCUCCAGGGGGCAUGAUUUCCAAUGGGGGUCGCAUCGCGGGAAAUUUGUCGGGUUUCGGGACCCUCGGCUUUGGUGAAAACACGAUAAAAUGGUUAGAAGCGGAAAAAGUGAUUCCGCACCCGCUCCUGAUUAACGGCGGUGGCGCCAGUGAUUUGCAACAUGAUAUAAUUCCGCAAAAUAACAAGGCCUUCAAUAAGGAAGCCACUCCCGGAAAUAAUAACGAUGGAAAAUUCGAAGUGCGAUACGAAGUUUGUAAAAGUACUAAAAAAUUCUAAUCUAAUUAAUUAACGAGUUUAAAUAGAAUAAUAAACUUUACUUGCUUCCUGAAAUCAA